AUGCUCAGAUUAUCCUCAAACUCCUCAGAUUAUCCUCAGACUACUCCUCAAACUCCUCAGUCUAAUCCUCAGACUCCUCCUCAGAUUAUCCUCAAACCCCUCAGACUACUCCUCAAACUACUCCUCGGUCUAAUCCUCAGACUCCUCCUCAGAUUAUCCUCAAACUCCUCAGAUUAUCAUCAAACUCCUCAAACUACUCCUCGGUCUAAUCCUCAGACUCCUCCUCAGAUUAUCCUCAAACUCCUCAGAUUAUCCUCAAACUCCUCAGAUUAUCAUCAAACUCCUCAGACUACUCCUCAAACUCCUCAAAUUAUCCUCAGACAACUCCUGAAACUACUCCUCAGACAACUCCUCAGAUUAUCCUCAAACUCCUCAGACUACUCCUCAGACUACUCCUCAAACUACUCCUCAGACUACUCCUCAAACUCCUCAGAUUAUCAUCAAACUCCUCAAACUACUCCUCGGUCUAAUCCUCAGACUCCUCCUCAGAUUAUCCUCAAACUCCUCAGAUUAUCCUCAAACUCCUCAGAUUAUCAUCAAACUCCUCAGACUACUCCUCAAACUCCUCAAAUUAUCCUCAGACAACUCCUGAAACUACUCCUCAGACAACUCCUCAGAUUAUCCUCAAACUCCUCAGAUUAUCCUCAAACACCUCAGACUACUCCUCAGACUACUCCUGAAACUACUCCUCAGACAACUCCUCAGAUUAUCCUCAAACACCUCAGACUACUCCUCAGACUACUCCUCAAACUACUCCUCAGACUACUCCUCAAACUCCUCAGAUUAUCAUCAAACUCCUCAAACUACUCCUCGGUCUAA